AUGACAUCUGAUGAGGUUAAGCCUAACAAAGGUAGUGGUGGGGAAUACAAUGAGGAUGCACCAUUGUCCCAAACAUUAGCACAACCAGUCAUAUCCGAUCCAGUUCCUAAGAAAGAUGAGAAAGAGAAGAAACUGAAGAGAUCAAGAGAACUUUCAUCAACGAGUAAGGAAAAGACCAAAAAAGUGAAAAAGAUCAAAACAGAAAAGCCUGCAAUUAAGUCGGAAAAUGAUGAAGAUAUCGAUGAAAAGAUGUCUCUUUCACAAGUAGCUGAGUUGAAAAGGGAAAAUAGCACUUUUGAUGAUGAAGAAGAGAAGUACAAAUGGUGGGAAAACGAAAAAAAUGAUGACACUAUAAAAUGGGUAUCAUUGAAGCACAAUGGUGUUUUAUUUCCACCCGAAUACGAACCUCUACCUUCUCAUGUGAAACUAUACUAUGAUGGUAAACCUGUUGAUUUACCCCCUGCAGCUGAAGAAGUUGCUGGUUUUUUUGCAAACUUACUACAUACUGAUCAUGCAAAGAACCCAGUCUUUCAAAAGAACUUUUUCGAAGAUUUCUUGCAAGUACUCAAGGAAUCUGGCGGCACCAGGAAUAAAAUAAAUAUAACAGUUUUUAAGAAAUGUGACUUUUCAAAGAUGAAUCAAUACUUUGAGCUGAAGAAAGAGGAGAAAAGAAACAUGUCUAGGGAAGAGAAAAAACAAAUUAAAUUGGAAAAGGAUAAAUUUGAAGAAAAAUUCAAAUUCUGUGAACUAGACGGUAGAAAAGAACAAGUCGGAAACUUUAGAGUUGAACCACCUGACCUUUUUAGAGGUCGUGGUGCACAUCCUAAAACUGGUAAAUUGAAAAGACGUGUAUACCCGGAAGAUAUAAUAUUGAAUUUAAGUAAAGACGCACCGAUACCGCCUGCUCCUCAAGGCCAUCACUGGGGAGAAAUAAGACAUGACAAUACCGUGCAGUGGUUGGCGAUGUGGAAAGAAAAUAUAUUUGGUUCUUUUAAAUAUGUUAGAUUGGCAGCCAAUUCUUCACUUAAUGGUCAAAGUGAUCUGAAAAAGUUUGAAAAAGCCAGGGAACUGAAGAAGUAUAUUGGUGAUAUAAGAAAAGAUUAUAGAGAAAGUUUUAAAAGCAAGAUUAUGCUCGAAAGACAAAAAGCAGUGGCUACAUACUUUAUUGAUGUAUUUGCCCUUAGAGCAGGUGGGGAAAAGUCAGAAGAUGAAGCAGACACAGUAGGCUGCUGUUCAUUGAGAUUUGAACAUGUAACAUUAAAACCACCAAAUACUGUAAUAUUUGACUUUCUUGGUAAGGAUUCUAUUAGAUAUCACCAAGAGGUCGAGGUCGAAAAGCAGGUGUUUAAGAACUUGAAAAUAUUUAAAAGACCACCAAAGAAAGAUGGCGAUGAUCUAUUUGACAGAUUGGAUCCGUCUAUCUUGAAUAAAUAUCUACAGAACUAUAUGCCCGGAUUAACCGCUAAGGUGUUCCGUACAUAUAAUGCUUCGAAAACAAUGCAGGAUCAAUUGGACUUAAUUCCCAAUGAAGGUACUGUGGCUGAAAAACUACUUAAGUACAAUGCUGCCAAUAGAGCAGUUGCCAUUUUAUGUAACCAUCAAAGGUCUGUCACGAAGGGGCAUGCUCAGUCUGUUGAGAAGAUGAAUCAGAAGAUUGAGGAGCUCUUGUGGCAAAAGAUACGACUCAAGAAAGGUAUCCUCCAAUUAGAACCAUCAAGAGCACAAAAGAACAAGAAGUAUUUCAAGGAGAUAAAUGACAUGACUAAAGUCGAACAAGCAACGAUACAUAAGCGAAUUGUUGACAGAGAGAGGGAAAGACUCAAGAAGAAGUUUGAGAGAGAUAAUGAGAAACUUGUUGCUGAGAAGAAAGAUCCAUUGCCGAAAACAGAAUUGAAGGAAUGGCUGAAAAAAGUUGAUGAUCUGGAGAAACAGUACAAGACAGAAUUAAAAACUGGCAAAGUAGAGCUUAAGGCAACCAUGCAAUCGGUUGAGAAACUAGAGAAACAAGUUGAAAAGCUAGAAGAGCGCAUAAAAACUAGCUCAAUUCAAUUAAAGGACAAAGAAGAGAAUUCUCAGGUUUCUCUAGGUACAUCUAAGAUCAAUUAUAUUGACCCCAGAUUAUCCGUCGUUUUCUGUAAGAAGUAUAACGUUCCAAUAGAGAAAAUUUUUACGAAGACUCUAAGGGAAAAAUUUGCUUGGGCCAUUGAAUCUGCUGAUGAGAAUUGGAGAUUCUGA